AUGGCGGCGUGGGGCCAACCUGCCGUUGCAGGGUUACCAGCUGAAAUAACUGAAGAAAAACUACAGGAAAAAGGUAAUGUAGCUUGACUGUUCUAAGAGUUGAUUCUUUGGUUUAAUGUGCAUGCUCGAAUGCAUAACCCUAGAUUCUAAUCAGAAAUUCACUUUAACGUUAUGUUCGCGUUGUCAGACAUUCGAUCAGUGAACUCAUGUAACGUGAUCAAAUGUCACUUAGAGGUUUUCCAAAAUUACCCGUGUCUCUUCUUAGGGUAGCUGAGAUUGAUUUUAAGGCUGUCUUGCUUUUUCGUUGUUUUACUCUGAUUGAACUUUGAGUAAAUUGAAUCGUCAGGGUUCAUUCAUACAGAUUUCAUUGUGUCACUAUUACAACAAAUUUGAAACUUACUGUUAAGAUUCGAAUUUCUACUGCGUCGUUGUUGGUUCUUUCUUUCUGGAGCUACAGUGUCUGUGUAGUCCAUUAAUUCUUUUUGAAACACUAUUAUGGCUGUAAACUGGCUUAUUUCAAUACAGUAGUUAACUAAGGUCAACACAAGAUUACAAGAUGCUCAACAACUAAACCUUUUGAAUGCAUGAUGUAGACUUUUACUUUAUUAUUUACCAUGUCAGAUUAUUGAAUGUUCAAGAUUCUUUCCAGAUUAUUUUACUGAACUAUGAACAAAGAUCACAUACUUGUAUCAUGUAAAAUCAGGUGGAAUGUGAAGGACACAAAAAAUUGUCAUCACUGAACAAUGAAGUUCCCACAUUUUAUUUAAAACAUCAAUUCUGAUACAUUUGCUUUUGUACCAAAAUAUCUGCAGCUCGAAAAUGGCAACAACUUCAGUCAAAAAGAUACAGCGAAAAGAGAAAGUUUGGAUUUGUGGAAGCACAAAAAGAAGACAUGCCUCCAGAGCAUGUUAGAAAGAUCAUUCGAGAUCAUGGUGACAUGUCCAGCAGGAAAUAUCGGCAUGAUAAGCGAGUAUACUUAGGGUAAGAAAACUGAAGUUAUCAACCUGAAUGCAAUAUUACUUAUACAAUGUUAAAAUUGUCACACUUACAUUCUCUCAAUGAUAACAUGUAUCAAUGCACUUCUUAUGUUUGAAAUUUUAGUGCACUGAAAUACAUGCCUCAUGCAGUGCUGAAGUUACUCGAGAACAUGCCCAUGCCAUGGGAGCAGAUUCGAGAUGUGAAAGUUCUUUAUCACAUCACAGGAGCCAUCACAUUUGUGAAUGAGAUUCCAUGGGUUGUGGAACCUGUCUAUUUGGCCCAGUGGGGGUAAGUUCAAAAUAGUAUUACUUGAAAGCUGUGUCAAAAAAGUAUAUGUAAAUUUUCAGUUUGAGCCCAAGCUCAAGUCUCUUUCUAGUGAGCUAAAAGGUCUCUUUAAAUAAAUAGUUGUCAAAAAUAUAUAUAGAAAAGGGAAGAAACAAACUCUUGGAAAAUAUCCAGGAACAUUGUAGCUUCCCUCAAAAACAAGCAUGAAGGAUAAUUUUUGUAACAUCAUGGAAUUUUUCAUGCAGAGGUGCAUCUCACAACUCAAGACCAUAAUCAUUUAAAGUUAAUUACCAACAUUUUUUUCUACUUGCCAUGGGAACAGAAAUGGUAGCAGUUCAGAGCACUGUCAUGUUUGUGUUUAAAUAAUUGCCCCUAUAUUGUAGGUGUAUAUUUGUAUGUAGGUAAGAAAAGGUAAUUAAUUUACUUUAUAGCAUUACAAUCAAGGUGGGGACUGUUAAAUCUAUUGAACAAAACACUUUCAAAGUAUCAAGACCAAAAAAUAAUUUUGUUAAAUCAAAGAGUGUUACAAAGGUUGGAGGAAAAUUUCAUGUAAAGAAGGCUUGGGGUAAUUUUUAGCUAAUUAUGCCAACUUGAGUAGGGACUAUUUUGUUCAAUUUCUCUCUUUGGCAUGACUCAUAAAAUGUAAAACUGGAUGUUACUCCUUGAUUUAGCACCAUGUGGAUCAUGAUGCGUCGUGAGAAGAGAGACAGGAGACAUUUCAAGAGAAUGAGGUUUCCCCCAUUUGAUGAUGAGGAACCUCCUCUGGAUUAUGCUGAUAAUAUCCUGGAUGUUGAACCUCUUGAGCCGAUCCAGAUGGAGUUGGAUCCUGAAGAAGAUGGAAGUGUUUAUGAGUGGUUUUAUGAACACAAUCCCCUGGUAGAUACCAAGUAAGGACUUUGUAUUUCUGUGAUCGUUGUAAGAACUGAAACCUAAGGAAGUAGCUGUCCCUGGGUAUAGUUUGUUGGAUUCUUUCCCUUACAGGAAACUGUAGAAUGUGACCUGAUCUUCUGUAGAGGUGUAGUUCUAGACCCAUGUAUCAGUAGUUUUUCUGAUUUAUGACUUAACCUUUUAAGUCUCAUGCAGGACUAAUGCAGAAUUUCUCUUUAAAACAUCAAUACAAAAUCAAGCAGAAAAUUGAUUUGAAGAAGUAAAAUAUUAGUUAGGAUAUCAUUGAUUGGACCAUACCAAAUUCUCCAAACAAACAUCACAAGAAUUGUAUAGCCAGCAAUGGUUAAUUGAUAAGCCAUACUACUUUUUUCAUAACAUCCUGCUUUCUUUUUAGAAUGGUCAAUGGAUCUUCAUACAGAAAAUGGAAUAUUACACUGCCAAUCAUGUCUACACUUUAUCGUCUGGGAAACCAACUUCUGACAGAUCUUGUAGAUAAAAACUACUUUUACUUGUAUGAUCUGAAGGCAUUUUUCACAGCUAAAGCAUUGAAUGUUGCCAUUCCUGGAGGACCAAAAUUUGAGCCUUUGGUGCGAGAUGUCAAUGUCCACGACGAAGACUGGAAUGAAUUUAAUGACAUAAACAAGAUCAUCAUUCGGCAGCCCGUGAGGACAGAGUACAGAAUUGCAUUCCCUUAUCUGUUCAACAGUUUGCCAUACAAAGUGCAUCUACCCUGGUGAGUUGGUUAACCCUUAGACCCCCUAAGAGUGAUUAGUGUCUAGUUUCUCCUUACAAGAUCUUGUUUUCCCUGUCAGCAUAUGAGGAAAUGAAUAAAGAGCAGUAUGGAGAAUAUGCAUACUGAUGUAAGGAUGUGAAGGAUUAAAUGCAUGAAAAUUACUGUACACAAAACUCAUAGGUAGGAAAACUGAGUAACUGCUUCCAAAUCAAGUUGCAGUGACACAUUUUCUCCCCAUCAUCAUAUGGACAAAUUUAAAUCAUUUUGAAAUUUGGGUGACUGGUUUUUUAUAUAAAAAUCUGUCUUCAUACUACUUUCACAAAGAUAUUGACUUCGUGAUCAGUUGUCUCCUGAUCUUUAAGGGUCUUGUUUCCUGUUAUGAGCCAACCAUAAGGAUACUUGAACUUGUUGGAUGUUUGUCACCCUCUGCCACCAGAUGCGGGUAACAGCAUUGCUUAAAGAAUGUUGAUUGUUGUUUGGAUUGGUGGCUAAAAAAAAAGUGGUUCAAGUUACUGCUGCAAGUCUAUAGAUGAAGCAGCUAUAGACUGCUCUUUGAUCCAAACACAUGUGUAAUAUAGGAACAGAAUGCAAAAUGCCAGAACUUAAUUCUCAGUUACCUUAAUGAAGUUAUAUAAUCCUCAUAAACACAGUUACUACUGUGUGAGCUUUAAAUAAAAAAGGAGAGCUACCUUGUUAUUGGCACAAUAUAUGUAAUCUUAGAUUAAUAAAAUGUCUGGUUAUUCUUUAAGCUGUAAGCGUAUGGAAGACCAGCAAUGAGUGGUCAAAUAGUGUGUCUUUCUUUGGAAGUGAUAGCCAUACAAGAUGGGUGAAUGUUGCUUCAUCAGUUGGUGUUGCACAAUUAUAAACCAGGGAGAUUUAUCUCAAACUCAAGUCUUUGUUUUUGUCAGGUAUCACCAUCCAUCAGUUGUUUACAUUAAAACAGAGGACCCGGAUCUACCAGCAUUUUACUUUGACCCUCUUGUCAAUCCAAUCGCCCACAGACAUGCUGUCAAGGUACUUUGCUUUGCUUUUUUGCUAUUUGAAACUUAAACACUUUGUAAUCAUCUGGGUGACUCUAAUGAUACUUCUUUACAAGAAUUCAAAUAAGGAGUUUCACGAAGAAGGUGGAAACCUUGGUCCAAAUCAUUGACAAUAGCUGUUUUCAUGAUUGCUCUUGUCCUAAAAUGGUCUGUCUAAAACAAAAUGGAGUGGACUGUUGAGAAGCUAGAAACAAAAUUUGCAGUGACAAAUUGUCGUAUAAUUCACAUUUUCUUUUAAUUUGGGUAAUGCCAAUGUAACAAUUCUAUGGAGUUCUUUACCAGUUUGGCAGCAGCUGUUCCUCUGCAGUCCUGGAUCUAGUUGUUCAAAUGCUGAUUAGCAUUGACAUAGGGUUAAAUUGAAAUCCAGGUUUCUUUAUUUCUCCAUUCAAAAGUCCUUUUCAGAUAAUUUCUCUAUUCUUUUUAGAACAUUCAAAAAUCAAAUAGAAGACAAAAAUAAUUAAACUUAAUUUUCUUUGAAAUCAAAUUUCAUAAUAACCCUGGGUGAUCUUAACCCAGCUUUGAACAACCUGGCCCAAGGCAUUUAUAGUAGUGGCUGUUUUGAAGCAUUCCUAAUGCCCACCCCUCCCAGUUUUUUCCUUCCAUGUAUGCAAUCAGUGUUAUGGUGUCUGAUAUGGGGCUCAUGGUAAGGUUGUAAGGAUUCCCCAGCCAUGGAGGCAGUUCUCUAUUGUUGGCCCUAGUGGAAGUCUGUGGAUGUCCUAGGCAUCCACCUUCUUGAAGAAGUUACACAGAGGUUACUUACUAAAGUCUAAUGACCAAAAGCACAAUUUCUAGUAAUACACUCUGGGGGAAGUAUGUGAAAAUUUUAUAUCAAUUGUUUUGUUGAUUUAGACAACAGAACCCCAGCCUGAUGAUGAUGAAGAUUUUGAACUGCCUGAAGAUAUUCAGCCAUUCUUGCAAGAUACACCACUGUACACAGAUAACACAGCAAAUGGUUAGUACUACUUUUGUUUAGCUAAAAACUAUUUUUCAAUUCCCAAGUUGUUAGAAUUUGUUUUACAAAGGCUGCUUUUACAGUUGUAAAAUGUUUUGGUGGUUUAUCUUUUAAGGUAUUGCUUUGCUCUGGGCUCCCAGACCAUUCUGUUUAAGAUCUGCCAGGACACGCCGAGCCAUCGAUAUACCAUUGGUGAAGACUUGGUAAGAAUUCCCAUACUGUAAUACAAAAAUGUAAAUGUUGUGUUCAGGUGUGGGUUGUUUUGUCUUGUGGUAAUUUUUUUUUUUUUUUUUUGGACUCAAAUAAUUAUUAAAAUGUCAAUUAUUUUUUAAGGCCUCAGCUUUUAAGAGUACUUUGUUAAAUAAUUGGAAAUCAGUCCAAGGGAUGAUGUACUGUUACAAGCCUUUUGUUCUUGCUUAUUGAUUGGAGGAUUUUGAAAUUGUAUAGGACAUAUUGCACAUCAAGUAUAACCUUAAGUAUUGUUAUUUAUAACAGGGUAAUGUAGUAUUACCAACUGAGUUAAUUACAUAAAUUGGCCUCUGUAAAGAGUUUCAAAGCUGACAUUUCAAGUAUUAGCCUGAUGAAGGGCUAGCCCUCGAAAUGCCAGCUUUGAAACUCUUUUUGGUUUAUGUCCUCAACUCAGUUGAUAAUAUUAGAUUACCCUGUUAUUCUCUCCCGCUGAUACAGCAACACAUUUUCUUUAGAAACUUGUCCCCUUUAUUGUUAAUUUUAUACAGGUAUCGUGAACACUGUCCAUCGGCUCACCCAGUUAAGGUGCGAGUGUCAUAUCAAAAGCUUCUUAAGUGCUAUGUUUUGAAUGCACUGAAACACAGACCACCUAAAGCACAAAAGAAAAGGUAGACUUGCUUAUUUUUUUAUCUGUGGUUGUUUGCAGCAAUAUAACAAUUUGUCCAAUUUUGUUCUCUUAUUCAUUUUGACUGUUGCCAUUGUAUCAAGUCUAUUACCAAGAAAUUGAGCAAUUAAACCUCACUGUUGUGGUCAACUUUGCAACGGGUUUACGACACAUCCUAAAAGCACCCCACAAGGUCACUUUCUCUAAAUCUUUUUUGGAAAAUCAGUAAACAGAGACAAACUACAAACUACUUACUGUAACUAUAAUAAUAAUAAUAAUAAUAAACUUUAUUUACGUGUCAAAUAAGAUAGCAGUUUCCCACUAAGUAAGGACACCUAAACUAAACUAAUCUAAUCUAUAUAAAACUAUGCAUUAAAAAUUUAUUGGAAUAUGAUAAAAGAGCUCUUCCCAUAUAAAACCACCCUACCCCGAAAUAGUAGACCCCAUGUUUAUAACCCUGUAUAAUAAGAUAAUAACCUUAAUAUAAUGAGAUAAUAAGAUAACAAUAAUUACAAUAAUAUGAUCUUGAUAAUAUUUAAAAUAUUUAAGAUCUACAUAAAAUACAGUUCUUGCAAUUAUUCGAAGAGAUUAAACUUUGUAUAUCUACUUUAUGUAAAGCGUUUUUAAAUUCUUGCAGCGUUCUUAGUGCUCUUAUAAUUUUUUUUUAAUUGCAUACAAUUUAGUGAAAAAUAUGUGAUUGGCUUUUUCAUUGUUCACAUUUGAUAAAUAUUUCAAGAGUUCACAAUAUUUUGAGUUCAAGACGCAAACAGAGAAAUGAAUUUUCUUCAUUUGUGGUUUUUAGAUAUCUGUUCCGAUCCUUCAAAGCGACAAAGUUCUUUCAAACGACAACUCUUGAUUGGGUGGAAGUGGGUCUCCAAGUGUGCCGGCAAGGCUACAACAUGCUGAAUCUACUGAUCCACAGAAAGAACUUGAACUACCUUCAUUUGGAUUACAAUUUCAAUCUGAAACCAGUCAAAACUCUUACCACAAAGGAAAGAAAGAAGUCCAGAUUUGGAAAUGCUUUCCAUCUUUGUCGGGAGAUUCUGCGACUCACAAAGCUAGUUGUAGAUUCCCAUGUGCAGUACAGACUGGGUAAUGUAGACAGUUUUCAGGUAAGUCCAGAAAAUUAAUUGUUGUCUCUGUGUUCUCCCUUAUUUUGAGUAGGACAAGUAAAGAAAGGAUUGCUCUGGUAGAGCAAUCCUUUUAUUGGUUAAAUUUUCAAGAAUUUCAAGCAAUUUUGGAAAACAAUAAUAGGUACCACAGGCAGUAAUGUUUACCAGUUGCUGCCUUUAAAAGGAGGACACUGUUGUCUCUUCAAGAUUGCACAAGAUGUUAACUUUUAAGACAUGAUCAUAUAAUAAAGAUAGAUGUGGUGCUUUUUUCACUGAUUUGGUUGAAGAGUAAAAAAAUUUCUGUCUCUGGCUUAUGAUAUUAAACUGCUUUACAUCUUUCUUUACUCAACCACCAUUUUAAAAGUUGCUUAUCUCUCUUACUCUGUGCUCUUACUCCCACAACACACUUUCAAUGUUGAUAACCCUGGCAGCUUACAGAACUGCUUGGGGGUUGGCCCAGUGGUGAAAGGGCUCACCUUCGAUGCUGUGGCUCAGGUUCGCUACCCACACCUGGUGUCACAUGUGGGUUGAGUUUGUUGUUGUUUCUCAUCCUUGCCUGGAGAGUUUUUCACUAGGUCCUCUGGUUUUCCUCCUUCCACAAAAGCUAACACUCCAAAUUUCAAUGUGACCUGGAAACAGUGGGCUAGAAUAGCCACCUCAUGGAAUGUUGACUACUAAACUUACACUAUUAUUCCAGUUCCAUUUUCAUUACUAUUAUUAAUAGCACUUGAACUAAGUAUAUGGCAUUUAUAACUCACUUGUCACAAUUUUAAUGCAUGUAUUGAUUGUGAAGUGAACUUUAUUUUGUGUACAGCUUGCUGAUGGUCUUCAGUACACCUUUGCUCAUGUUGGUCAGUUGACUGGAAUGUACAGAUACAAGUACAAGCUCAUGAGACAAAUCAGAAUGUGUAAAGACAUCAAACAUCUCAUUUACUACAGAUUUAACACCGUAAGUGUGGUGUAUCUUUCUCCAUCCCAUAUUGAAUAAGCAUACCACUAUUACUUUGAAGAUGAUAUUCAGGGUUCGUACAGGUCCUGAAAUACCUGGACAAUCCUGCAAUUUUGUAAUGCAAUUUUCCAGGACUAGAAAGUCCAGCUAAAAGGCUGCAGAUUGCAGAAAGUCCUGAAAUUUGGACUGCAGUAUUGAAUUAAAGUGGUUGACAUUUUACAUUUAUGUUUUCUUUACUCUCAUCACUUGCUAUUUUGAUAUUAUGGGGAAAAGUUUAGUCACUACUCAGAGUUUGAGGGGUUGAUGUGAAUUUGUGAAGUCUUGAAAGAGUCCUUGAAAUUGUUUCCAAUAAAAGGUACAAAUCCUAAAUAUUAGCACUCUAAAAUUUUUUAAAACAGUUAUAUCUUUGUUGCAGGGACCAGUUGGGAAAGGUCCGGGAUGUGGAUUCUGGGCACCUGGCUGGAGGGUAUGGCUAUUUUUUCUGCGUGGGGUUGUACCUCUCUUAGAGCGUUGGCUUGGUAACCUCCUAGCCAGGCAGUUUGAAGGCAGACACUCCAAGGGUGUGGCCAAAACAGUAACUAAGCAGAGAGUGGAAAGCCACUUUGAUUUAGAGUUACGAGCAGCUGUCAUGCAUGACAUCCUGGACAUGAUGCCAGAAGGUAUUAAGCAGAACAAGGCCCGAGUCAUUCUGCAGCAUCUGAGUGAAGCUUGGAGAUGCUGGAAAGCCAACAUUCCUUGGAAGGUAGGAAUUGUUCAAGUGCUUUAGUUUUAUUUGUUUCUGGGAGAAGUGGUAGACUUUUGAAGAAUAUAAGGGUAGUUUAUUUCUAGCCUCACUUCUUAUAUGGUAUGUUUUCUUAAGCAUGAUACUGUUCAAUUAAUUUUCACAAUGCCUCCUCUGAUGCAGGAGAUAAACUGUCAUGGUGGUAGAGCAAAAUUUCAAAAAUACAGUAUUAAAACACUUUUUGUAUGGUUCCCUUUAAGGAAGAGAAAUAAUACUUCUUUCCCCUUCUACUUAAACCAUCUGUGAGAGUUGUCUAGAUACUGACCUAAAAUAGCCUGGUAUGCAAAAAUGUGUUCAUAAAAAUGGGUCUGUUAAGCAAAAUACACAGCCUUCCUUUCUGCUGCAUUUGUUCAAAUAGACGAAGGAGAAAUGAAACAAGGAGAAGAGAAAGUAAAAUGUUGCUUUUGGCCAUUCAGUGGUAAAGCUGACCAAAUUGUUUUGUUUCAUCAGGUGCCUGGCCUUCCAACACCAGUUGAGAACAUGAUUUUGCGGUAUGUCAAAGCCAAGGCUGAUUGGUGGACAAACACAGCUCACUACAACAGGGAACGUAUCCGUCGUGGAGCCACAGUUGAUAAAACUGUUUGUAAGAAAAAUCUUGGACGUCUGACAAGACUCUAUCUCAAAGCUGAACAGGAAAGACAGCAUAACUACUUGAAGGUGGGCAUUCUCCUUGAGAAAGAUCUGAUAUUUUUGGAUAUUGUGGGAAUGCAAUUCUUCCAACCCAUUUCUGAAACAGAUUUUUACCUUCUGAGUACACAGAAUUGUGCUAGAGAGUCAAUCCAUUAACCGGUGAAAAACUGAGUAUACUCCUGGCAUAUUUCUGCACAUCUGAUGAAUUCAGUCAGUUCGUUUAGUCAUUGCAGAUGUUUUACUAAUUUUUCCUCAAAUGAAAUCCUUGGUGUAGUCAUGUCCCUAUCUGGUAUACCAUACAUGUAGCAUUGUGAGUCUGUGAAGACAGAGUACAUCUGAUGAAGGGUUAGCGCUGGAAAUGUCAGCAUUAGAAACCAUCUACAGGGCCAAUUUACAUUAUCAACUCAGUUAAUAAAACAAAAUUAUCUUGUAAUACCCCCUACUGACACAGCAUCACACUUUCUUUACAAACUUACCCUCUCAUUAUGAGGACCUUAUGAUUGAGGGUCAAUGUUCUGAGCAUUAUCUUGGUGCUUCUCUUCACCCAUAAUUAUACAUGGUAACAGCACACCGAGGGAAAUGUGGCAAACUGUCAGGUUACCUGUUGCAGACAAACGAUAUGUCCAGGAGAAGUAGAGGCUGCUUGAUGCAGAAGGAAUGUGAAUAACUUCUCAUAGCAAUAGGAUAUGGAGCUAAAACUUUUCAUAAGAGAAAUAUGCAAUUUCUCAAAUUUUCUUGUUUGACAGGAUGGUCCUUACAUCUCUGCUGAGGAAGCAGUUGCAAUCUACACAACUACAGUUCACUGGCUGGAGAGCAGAAGGUUCUCACCAAUCCCUUUCCCACCCCUCUCCUACAAGCACGACACCAAAUUGCUAAUUCUAGCUCUGGAGAGACUCAAGGAAGCCUACAGGUGUGAUGAGUGUAGCAUUUGUCUUCAGAUUCCAUGUGAUUAAAGUUUGUUUAAUUUUGUGAAAUUUUCCUCCUUGACAUUCUAUUUUGUGUAUCACUUUUAGCGUAAAGAGUCGUUUGAACCAGUCCCAGAGAGAAGAGUUGGGACUGAUUGAACAAGCAUAUGACAAUCCUCAUGAAGCACUCAGCAGAAUCAAGCGUCAUUUGUUAACACAGAGAGCCUUUAAAGAGGUAAAGCACCAACCAUUUUUGGGCCAAACUGCCUCCUGGUUAGCUUACAGUUACAAGGCUAGACUGUUGCAAAGGAGGGCGAAGGAUCAAGCCCCAGGCCAAAAUAAUACACAGGGUCUUCAAGUAUCAUAGGAAAAUGUACUGCCUUUGCCAUGACAUGUGCAAAUGGUUUGACAUUCUCAGUGUUCUCAGAUAAGGACAAAGAAUGAUAGACUUGGUGUCCUGCAUCUUCUCUGUGCCGCUUAGAACAUACACACUUCUUCCAAAGAGGAGGGAAUGUAGCCCCAGGUGUUGGAGUCUGGCCUUGUUAUUGCUCAUACAGGCCCCCUUUUAAACUAGCUUUAUAGCUGAACUGGGCCAGUCUGUCUAAAUAUCACAAAUGAAUAAAUAAAAAAUAAAUAAUUGAGAGAGUCACAAAUUAAUCAGCUCAUGGUGUGGUGUUUUACCACUUACAGGUUGGUAUUGAGUUCAUGGACUUAUACAGCCAUCUUAUCCCAGUAUAUGAUGUUGAGCCAUUGGAGAAAAUCACAGAUGCCUACUUAGACCAAUAUUUAUGGUAUGAAGCAGACAAGAGACGUCUGUUUCCUCCAUGGGUCAAACCAGCUGACACUGAACCUCCUCCACUCCUUACGUACAAAUGGUGCCAAGGUAUGUACACCCACAUUAAGCUCAUGAAAGAAAUGCUUGCUUCUUGUCAUUGCUAUUUCAUGAAAGGAGGCAAAAGAGAGUCCUAAAUUCAUGAAAAGGUUUGGACAUUUACAAUCUAGCCUGUGAAGCCUUUAUUUUAUUUAAAGAGGGUGGCACUUAAUAGCCAAAGGCUAAUAAACUUGUGGCCCUCACAUAUUUGAUCUCACUCACCCACCCAGCCCAUGCAUGAAAUGUACAAUGAAACAACAGAUAGACCACCACACCGGGAACUACGCCCCCUACUAGUCCCCUGCUGACCAUGUAACACUGAAGAUGCAGGAGACGGGGCCUACGGUUUAUAGUCCUUAUCCGAGAAGACUUGAAUGUCUAACCAUUUGCUGGUACAAUUACAAAGGCAGCACAUUCUCCUCAGUUAUUUUAAGACCCUGAGUGUUGGUCCGGUCUGGGGCUCGAACCCUCGACCUCCCGCACAGCAGACUGGCGCUCUACCAACUGAGCUAACCAGGCGGCGGUUAGCCUGCUCCCAGGCUAACCUGGGAGCAGGCUUUUGUCGUUACCGCUGCAGGAUGCACGUUCCUUCACCUGCUGGAAGAUUUGAGACGAGUCAGGGAGAGAUUGGCUGGGGCAAUUUUUCUAUUGCAGUGCGUUGCUUUUGUUUUUCGUUCCUGUCUUGUUAAUAUAAAAUUACUCCUGAACAGAAUAUGAAAAAUAAUGUUCUGGAAAAAGUGAAAAAAAUAGUCUAGAAUUUUUCAUUUAAAUACACCCUAGUAAUAAAAGCUGUCUAAUAGAAAUCUUUGCUUUCUUUGCUCUCAGGAAUCAACAACUUGCAAGACGUCUGGGAGACAUCUGAAGGCGAAUGUAAUGUUAUGAUGGAGUCAAACUUUGAAAAGAUGUAUGAGAAGAUUGAUUUGACGUUACUGAAUCGGCUCCUGCGUCUGAUUGUUGAUCACAACAUUGCUGAUUACAUGACGGCAAAGAACAAUAUUGUGAUUAAUUAUAAGGUUGGUUUCCUCUGAGGACUCCUUACUCAGACAAUCACACUACAUAACCAAUGAUUACACACAGAUUCUAGCCAUUCCCUGCCUUGAUAGCUUUCCUAUUAAUUCAACAGGACAUGAACCACACCAACUCUUAUGGCAUCAUCCGUGGUCUUCAGUUUGCGUCAUUCAUCGUGCAAUACUAUGGAUUGGUGAUGGAUCUUUUGGUGUUGGGUCUGCAGAGAGCCAGUGAGAUGGCAGGGCCUCCACAGAUGCCAAAUGACUUCUUGACUUUCCAAGAUGUACAGACAGAGUCACAGCAUCCCAUCAGAUUGUAUUCAAGAUACAUCGACAAAGUGCACAUUUUCUUCAGGUAAUUAUUCAUAAUGUUCUUGAUUGUAGGUCUCAAGGGCUUAUUUUAAAAAGACACUGUUCAACCCCUUAAGUCCCACUGGUGACCAAGAGAGAAUUUCUCCUUACACUAUCAGUAUCAUGUCAAGCAGACAAGUGAUGAGAAUAAAAACAUUAAUUAGGGGAUUAUUCGUUGAUUCAAUUCCAAAUUCUCCAAACCAAUGUCAUAUAAUUUGAAUAGCAGACAGUAAGGAGAAUUAUGAACGAGAUCUUGGGAAUGAAAGGGUUAAAAGCUAUGAAAUCCUAAGCAUUACUUAAUAUUGUAACUUGUCAGGUUUGUGAAGUUUUAAUGGAAUGAAAUACCUAAAAUGGAAAAGAGCCUUGGUGAAAUUCAGAAGAUUUCUGAUUUGAAGGUUUGCCAAUUUGCGUGAAAGAUGUCAGUGCAACUUGAAAAAUACGUAUGCUGGAGAGCCAAGUUUGCGAAUCUUGUUAAUCUGUUUAAGUUUAGAGUAACCUUUGAGUAUUUCUUUGUGAUGUCAGAAGCCUCAAAAUUAAGAUAUUGCAAAAGCCAAUUUUGCCUGGUGUUACAGCAACUUUGGAUUGUAUUUCAGGUUUACAGCAGAUGAGGCCCGUGAUCUGAUCCAGCGUUACCUGACAGAGCACCCUGAUCCAAAUAACGAAAACAUCGUAGGCUACAACAACAGGAAAUGCUGGCCAAGGGAUGCACGUAUGAGGCUCAUGAAACACGACGUCAAUCUUGGGCGUGCUGUAUUCUGGGACAUAAAGAACCGCUUGCCAAGAUCUGUGACAACACUCAACUGGGAUGAAAGUUUUGUGUCUGUUUACAGUAAAGACAAUCCAAAUCUGCUGUUUAACAUGUGUGGCUUUGAAUGCCGCAUUCUUCCAAAAUGUCGUACAACAUUUGAGGAAUUCACUCACAGGGAUGGAGUGUGGAACUUGCAAAAUGAGGUAUGUACAACACAUGACUGCUAAUGAAUCUUGCCCUCAAUCAGUUUUUCAUUUUUAGACGGACAAUCUCUCAUUUGUAGGAGCCACACCGUAGCCUGUUCAGUUAAUAGAACAAAGCGAAAUGGUAAGCAGCGUGUUUGAGUCGAGGGAGACCCGGACCUCCCUCAAUUUCGCUCUUUCGCACCGAUUACUAUUUUGCUCCGUUUUACUAAAUGAAAGCCUGGAACGAGCUAAAUGCUUCAUGAUUCGAAUCAAAGACUGUGAUGUACUUAGACACCUUCAACUUAUAGAAGAAUUCAAGCUGUUAGCUCAGUAAGAUAGAAAAAACACACAAACAAGGCAAAAAUAGGGACGAAAAUGGCUAAACAUGGAGGAGAUUAUAAGAGAUUUUAAAUGAAGUGUUUUUGAACACGCAAUAAAAUAAAAUAACAAUUUUUUUUGAUGACAGGUCACUAAAGAGCGAACUGCUCAGUGCUUCCUCAAGGUUGACGACGAGUCACAGCAGCGAUUCCACAACAGAGUGCGUCAAAUCUUAAUGGCAUCUGGUUCAACUACGUUUACCAAAAUUGUGAACAAAUGGAACACGGCUUUGAUUGGUUUGAUGACAUAUUACAGGGAGUCAGUUGUCAACACUCAAGAGUUGCUGGAUUUGUUGGUGAAAUGCGAAAACAAGGUAUUCAGUUACAGUUGUAAAUCGUUUUAUUUCUUACAUACUGGGAUUUACACUGUGAAGUACUAUCGUCGAUACUAUAUCAUACUUUGACUGCGUACUCACAAGUGGAAAUGUCAGUGUAAAAGAAGUAUUAUUGUCACUGGCCAUAAAGUUCGUUGUUUAGCAUUGUCAGUGGUUUUUUUAAAAGUAGUUCUUCAUAUGGAAUUGUUUUUAUCUUCCAGAUCCAAACACGUAUCAAGAUCGGGCUGAAUUCCAAGAUGCCUAGUCGGUUCCCUCCGGUUGUAUUUUACACUCCAAAAGAGCUGGGAGGACUUGGUAUGUUGUCCAUGGGCCAUGUCCUCAUUCCACAGUCAGAUCUCAGGUAAAGAAUGAACCCUGAUAAACUUACCACUCCAAUAUAACAUGACCGUCCCUCGAAACUGAAUCCUCAAUUCUAGAUCCUGGUUUGUCGGAAACUUUUAGUUUGGAGGCUCAAGGCGAGUAUUAAGUCUUAAUUGUGAAGUUAGCAAGAGUUUUCAAAACAUUUGGUUGUUGAGAGAUGAGGGUUUUUGUGCGAGAAAUGUUUCACACGACUAGAAGCUUCUUGCCUUUUGACAAUAAGUCCAUUGGGCAUUUUGUUUUAAUCUUUUAUGUUUUCUGUUUGUUUGCUUAUUUUUUCCUGGCGCAUUAUUGUCUCAUUUGUGCUACAGUCAUUAUUUUUCUGUCACAAUAAUUCGCAUCUUUUUUCCUAUCUCCUUCUUGAUCUCAGUAACCGAGGGGUACUGUUGUUUGUACUUUUCAGGUGGUCACAACAGACCGAUGUAGGAAUUACUCACUUUAGAUCUGGAAUGAGUCAUGACAAAGAUCAGUUGAUUCCUAACUUGUACAGGUACAGUAUAUUGUAAUUCCUGCUAACGUCUCCCCGACUAGUAAAGUUUGUUGCAGCUGAGCAUAUUUGAAAUUUUUGCCCGCUCAAAUAAUUAAAGAAUUGGAUCUGAAGAUUGGUCUAAUUACUUUAAUGUGAACAUCGCAAUACACUUUCAGCGUGAUUUAAACCCAAGCCAUUCUAUGAAAUGCCACACGAUAAUAGUACUGCUUAUUCUGUGAACACAACAGGUACAUCCAGCCAUGGGAAAGUGAAUUCAUUGAUUCUCAGAGAGUGUGGGCAGAGUACGCGCUAAAACGGCAAGAAGCAAAUGCUCAGAACAGGUGGGUUCCAUAGUAAAUUAAUUUUUCGGAAGUCUCUUCACCGGAACAAGCUUUUUCGACAAGCUGCUGUCCAGUCGUUGCGCCCAUGUUCUCAUUUCACAUAUUUGCAUUUCUUAUUUCUUCAUAUCUCCUUCCUUGCCGUUCAUUGGAUGUGCGCUGGCACGUGCGUGCGUUUGCGUGCGUGGUGUGCGUGCGUGCGUGCGUGCGUGAGUGCAAUUGACAGCAUAAAAAAAUACUACGAUCUGGGAUUCGAUUUUUCAGGGUGACUCUUUUUGAUAUUGUCUCACACUCAUGAUAAGACAAAAAAUACCUUCUUCCCAGUACCGUGUUUAAUAUUUACCAUCUUAUUCCAUUUUAAAAACUUUUUCUCAUCGACGUCAAUGUGGAAGGCCGACGGUACAAAAAUGGUCGACUGAAAUUUUUUUAACCGCACUAUUUCGCCUUCUUUCAGUUAGUUUUGAAAAUUCCAGUUGAAAGAAGUCUUCUGUAAAGAUUAUGUUUGUUCUUUACUUUAGGCGAUUGACUUUGGAAGAUUUAGAGGACUCAUGGGAUCGUGGAAUCCCUCGUAUCAACACACUGUUUCAGAAGGACAGACACACGCUCGCCUAUGACAAGGGUUGGAGAGUGAGAACAGACUUCAAGCAGUACCAGGUAAACUAACUUAUAUAUUUAUAUUUUCCGAACAGAGUGAAAGCUGAUUAAGAAUGACUCAAGUCUCUAUUCAUUUUUACUACUUUUCUGAGACCGUCUUCCUCUUUUUCCAUCUGACUCUGGUUUCUUCUUUUUGAGAGAACAUGCAGCAAUCUUUCUAACCAAAUGUGAAGAACAAGUCUUUUCGCUAGAUUUACGACACUUACCAACCAGUACUACUGAAGGAAUUUUUUAAUUUGGAAUUUAUUGUUUCAAGAUGCGUCACCCCUGAAACAACCUUAAAUAAGCUUCAUUACCCACAAGUUUUAAGCCGUUUGUUAUAUUUGAAUUAUUAAGCCCCGUUGUGCCACCUUUUUCAGGUUCUUAAACAGAAUCCAUUCUGGUGGACACAUCAGCGUCAUGACGGAAAACUAUGGAACUUGAAUAACUACCGUACAGACAUGAUCCAAGCCCUUGGUGGCGUGGAAGGAAUCCUGGAACACACGCUGUUUAAAGGAACUUACUUCCCCACAUGGGAGGGUCUGUUCUGGGAGAAGGCCAGUGGGUUUGAGGAGUCCAUGAAGUACAAGAAACUGACCAAUGCACAGAGAUCUGGUUUGAAUCAGAUUCCCAACAGAAGAUUCACACUCUGGUGGUCACCGACUAUCAACAGAGCGAACGUAAGCCAUAUAUAUAUUGCUUCGCACGGACUAGUUUCACAUAUUGUCGCAUGGUUUAUUACAAGCUCAGUAGCUCAUUACUGCGGAAGCCUUUUUCCGGUUUCUGGCGAAUGAAGCAGGGGGCGUGUCCAGGAUUUUUUGAUAGGGGGAAGGUCCAAACUGUAACUGAAAGAACGAAGUCUGUUUGUAGUUGUGGUUGGGGUUUUUUUUUCCCCGCAGCAAAUUAUUUCUCAACCAAACUUACCCCUAUCUUUACUCGCGGUUCUAAGUCAGAUGUUGUUGAUUUUUAAUUUGCGAUCUUGCCGUUGCGAGACUUUUUUCUGCUAAAAACCCACAAGUCUGGCCACUGUGGAGUGACGAGAAGUAUUGCCACUCCUCCUGUACUGGUGAUAAUCAGUCGUAGAUGGCCGAGUUUCCCUGACAUUAAGUUAGUUCCCAGGCACACUCCUGGAUGGAGACAGGAAAUGUCUGGCUUAAAAAAAAACUCGACGCAGUGACCUGGCCAGGGCUUAAAGAAGACUUUAACUACAAGGCGACCACUCUGCUUUAUUAAUUUAUUUAUUUAUUUUUUUUUCUUUUGCGUUUCAGGUUUAUGUUGGUUUCCAGGUGCAACUUGACCUGACAGGAAUAUUUAUGCAUGGCAAGAUUCCAACAUUGAAGAUCUCACUCAUUCAGAUUUUCAGAGCUCAUUUGUGGCAGAAAGUCCACGAGAGUGUUGUGAUGGACUUGUGUCAGGUAAUGCUGAGAUCCACAGUUCGAGGGGCGAAUAACGCUAUUCCACGGAUAGAUUGGUAUCUAGCGCACAAGUGUUCACGGAGCAUACUGCGCUAUCCACCGGAUAAGAUUAACCCAGAGGAUAGCAUUUUCCGCCCUUCAAACAACCGGGGCCAGGAGCAGGCUACUUCCGUUUGUAAUUGGUUUAAAAAACUCGCACUGCCUUUUCAUUCAAUCAGAUUCCAACUGAGACCGAAAGCUUUGAGUAGUUAACUUGUUUUUAUUUUGAAUUAACCUUUGCUCUUUUUUUUUACUGGUCGUCAUGCUUAAUUUAGCUUUGGGUUAACCCUUUACACCCUAAGAUCAGUACGUAUUUUCUCCAUACUGUCCUCUAUGCAUUUUCUAAGAUUCUGACGAGGAGAAUUUAUUUGAAAAUCAAGAGCUGUUCUUAUUAGUGAUCAUUUUCUCUACUCUCGUGAUCUCAAUGCUUGAUUCAGGGGUGAUAUUGUAAGGAGAAAUUAGAUGCGAGUCACUCUUGGGGGUCGUAUGGUUAAGAACAUUUGAAGUUUAAACCUUCUUUGCGCUGUAUCUUACUGAUGUCCAUUAACAUACCUCAAGGUGUUUGACCAAGAACUAGAUGCUCUGGAGAUUGAGACUGUACAGAAAGAGACCAUUCACCCUCGUAAGUCAUACAAGAUGAACAGUUCAUGUGCUGAUAUCCUGUUGUUUGCCGCAUACAAGUGGAAUGUGUCGAAACCUUCCCUUUUGGCUGACUCAAAGUAAGUCUGUGUGUACUUUAUUGAAGUAGAAAAAUCUUAGAAGUCAUGCUGAUUUGCCGUCUGAUUAAAGAAAUCGGCUGGUUUCUUUUUAGAAAAAUUGUCUGCAAUGUAAAAAGGGCUAGUAUUUAGUGAGAUUCUUCUGAUGACUUAAACAAGUCGUCUUUAGCUUGGCUCAGCUAGGUCUUAUUUCACAGAAAACCUCCUCGCUACUACACAUCUACUUCUGUAUUUUAUAUUUAGACACCUUCUUCAGUCAGUAAAUUAAAAUUUGCUAUCGUGUUGAAGCCAGCUAAAUUUUCCAAGUCGAUGGUGGUCAGACCAUUACUUUUCCUUCACUAAAUGAUCUUUUGUCACCUCUUCUUUGCAGUGACAUCAUGGACAGUACUACAACCCAAAAGUACUGGGUCGACGUUCAGCUCCGCUGGGGAGACUACGACUCACAUGACAUCGAGAGAUACGCACGCGCAAAGUACCUGGACUACACCACUGACAACAUGAGUAUCUACCCCUCCCCUACGGGAGUGCUAAUUGGCAUUGACUUGGCUUAUAAUCUGCACAGGUAACACGAGACUUGAAAGAUUUGGAGGGAAAAUUUAUAGGAGUGGAAAAAUUGCGAAGUAGUCUUCAAUACUCUACUGCAGCACAGGCGUCUUAUAAGGGCAGUUAACGUUAUGAGCCCACGAUUUUUUGUUCCACCGGCCAUGAUUGAUUUAAAGUUAGAAGAACAGUGAGAGUGGGGGACGGGGAGAGGAGAGAAGACUCAUCCCCACCCCCUCCUCUCCCCUCUUUUUUAACCGACAUUCACCCCCCUUGGUACAAAUUUUUCUCUCCCCAGCCGUCCGCUGCUAUAAAAAUAAAAAAAUGGCGGCUAUAAUUUUCUCCAAGAAAGUACUGAACACUCGCUCGCCAAAACUACGCUUGCUCUGUGGGCUACGGGUGGGUGGGAAUGUUUCGACUUUCUGGACGAGGAAUGUUAGAGUGAAACCUGGUACUAAGAUAUUACGUUGAAAUUAAUUUAUUAUUUUUUAUUUUUUCUGCAUUUCCAUUUCCAAUUUUUUCCUGAUAACCGUUUCCUGUUACUUCCUGCAGUGCCUUUGGUAACUGGUUUCCAGGAGUGAAACCGCUCAUCCAACAGGCCAUGGCAAAGAUUAUGAAAGCCAAUCCCGCCUUGUAUGUGCUGAGGGAGAGAAUCAGGAAAGGCCUUCAGUUGUACUCCAGUGAACCUACUGAGCCUUACCUGUCUUCGCAGAACUACGGAGAACUCUUCUCCAACCAGAUCAUCUGGUUUGUGGACGACACUAACGUGUACAGAGUCACGAUUCACAAGGUAGGUAUUUUGUGACAUGUUAAGCAGUCUUAUGCCGCAGGAAUUUGUUUCUGUCCGCGCAAAGAAGAAGCUGCACAAAUCCCGAGAACUUCGCUUCGAGGGUGAACGGUGUCUGAUUUUAAGGGUUGAGGGUGCUUUACUUUAAUAAUGUUAAGCCGAACAGAAAGAACUGGUUCUAGCGUGUCCUCAGUAUCAUACCAUGAUUUUGCACUGAAGUAUUCGACUCUCGGAGUUAUUGCGCAUCUCGUGAAUCUUCCUCGCAGAAACCGCCUGGCUACUUCUCGAAAAGCAGGACUAGUUCAAACAGAAUUAUUUGUGUUUGUUAUCAGAACUGAUCGAUACCAUUUACGAAGGAAAAGCUCCCAUCAGCUAGAUCUAGCUAAAAGAAAGCGACCUGUAUUUAGGGAAAAUAACUAAAGAAAACCGCGCGCUUGAUUAUCUUUCACAAUUUCACCUCUUUCCUUUCAGACAUUUGAGGGUAACUUGACGACCAAACCCAUCAACGGCGCCAUCUUUAUUUUCAAUCCUCGAACGGGGCAGCUCUUCCUGAAGAUCAUUCAUACCUCUGUGUGGGCGGGACAGAAGCGUCUUGGACAGGUACGUCGCCUAAAACUGUCAUGGUGUCACCUCUUCCGUUGAUAGACUCAAAAUACUCAGUGUCUUCCACGAGAUAAUCUUAUGCAGUGAGGCAGAUAGGUCGUGUUAUUGUGUCUUGUCUUUUAGUCAGUUUUAGGUUAGACUUGGAAGGGGUAUUUGAAUUAAAUCAAACUAUUUUUAAUGAAAUUACGUCUUAAAGUAUCGUUGACUGUUUAAAAUGAAGUGUGUUUUGAAACUUUAGCUGGCGAAAUGGAAGACAGCAGAAGAAGUAGCGGCCUUGAUUCGUUCGCUUCCAGUAGAAGAACAACCUAAACAGAUCAUUGUCACAAGAAAAGGCAUGCUUGACCCUCUGGAGGUGCAGUAAAAUUUUUGCUGUGUUCUUACAAAUAUCUGUUAAUCAUGAAGAUGUUGAUUUGGAAUUUGGUCUCUUUCAUGAAUAUGCUGCUGUUUGAGUGUGUUGAGGUUGUUGACUAAAAUGGUUUAUUUAUCAGGUUCAUUUGUUGGAUUUCCCGAACAUUGUUAUCAAAGGCAGUGAGCUGCAGCUUCCUUUCCAAGCUUGUUUGAAGGUUUGUUUGAAUUAAAAGUAACACUUAGGUCAGGAAAGCCUCUAACUUUCCUGUUUUCUUAAACCUUUGGCAAAUGUGUUUUAACGCACCCUAUUGUAAUGUUGUCUAAAGCCGUGUUUGUAUCUCGCAGGUUGAGAAGCUUGGUGACAUGAUUCUGAAAGCCACAGAGCCGCAGAUGGUGUUGUUUAACCUGUACGACGAUUGGCUGAAGACUAUUUCGUCUUACACAGCGUUCUCCCGUCUGAUCCUCAUUCUCCGAGCCUUGCACGUGAACGCUGACCGCACAAAGGUCAUCCUUAAACCGGAUAAGACCACAGUUACUGAACCCCAUCACAUCUGGCCGACACUGACUGACGAGGAGUGGGUGCCAGUUGAGGUACGUAGAUGCAGCUUUGUAUUAUUCGAUUCCAAACACCUAGGUCAGCAUGGCCUGUAUGUUUUCGUGUUUUUUCGCGUUCACACGCGCGUGUGGAGUGGUUCAGUCGUACGCGCGCGCUUUGUCUUGUGUCUCGCGAGGUGUCCGUUGGUUCUUCUUCAUAGAUGUUUUCACGAGACUAAUGAAUCAAGCGAAUGACCGUUGGAUUUAUAAUUUAUUCCGAUAUUUUAUUGCUUAUUUUCCUUGAAAGUGAUCAACUGUUGUGUUUGUUGUACAGGUUGCUCUGAAAGAUCUUAUCUUAGCUGACUAUGGCAAAAAGAACAAGUAAGUGAAUGUUGACGGUUUCUAAUUUUUGGGUUUUUUCCUUAAUUUUUUUUACUUUCGUGCAUACUCUCUGCGUUUUCUCAUAAUCAGAUAGCCUCGUGACCUCAAGUUGUCCUUUUUUCUUAGUGUGAACGUAGCUUCCCUGACACAGUCUGAAAUCCGUGAUAUUAUCCUCGGAAUGGAGAUCUCGGCCCCUUCGCAACAGAGGCAGCAGAUAGCCGAAAUCGAGAAGCAGACCAAGGAACAGUCACAACUGACAGCCACUACCACUCGAACCACCAACAUCCACGGAGAUGAGAUCAUCGUUUCUACGACAUCAAACUACGAGACACAGACGUUCUCGUCCAAGACUGAGUGGCGUGUCAGAGCCAUCUCUGCGACCAACCUACAUCUGAGAACCAACCACAUUUACGUGUCAUCAGAUGACAUCAAAGAAACUGGCUUUACCUACAUCCUGCCAAAGAAUAUUCUGAAGAAGUUUAUUGUGAUUUCGGAUUUAAGGACACAGGUAGAGAAUUGUUCAAUUUGAAACUGCUUUUCGAUCGAAGUAAUCGUGAAGAACAAUCAGAGGUCAUGAUCAUGAGCAGCCACUCAUUAGCCCCCUCACUCCUAAUAUCUAGAUGAAAAUUCUCCUUUUUGCCAUACAUUUUCUAUACAUAUUAUUCUGAGAAGGUGGUGUCAGAUCAACUGAUAGUCUCCUAGUUGAUAUGUAUUGGUAUUCUCAAUACUUGCCUGCUUGAUGCUGUAUUGAUAUUGUAGGGAGAAAUUAUGUUUUGGUCACUGCUGGGAGUGAAAGGGUCAAAGCGACAUGUUCUCGUCAACUUAAGGAAAAAUCUUGUCAUUCACUUUUUUUUAAAGUUUCGCACUUCUGCGACAAAUGAUGAAAAUCUUGUAUUUUUCGUGCGACCACUUUGGUUCUCUAGAGUUACUUAGAAUUUGUUCAGAAAAGUGUGAAAGGUGACUGUUUUUCUCCACAAAAGAUUCUUAUGGUGUGUAUUGUUUUUGUAGAUCGCCGGUUACUUGUACGGAGUAAGUCCGCCUGAUAACCCACAGGUAAAAGAGAUCCGGUGUAUUGUGAUGGUACCGCAGUGGGGCACACACCAGACAGUGCACUUACCAAACAUGUUACCACAGCAUGACUAUCUCAAGGUUAGAUCCCUUAAUAUUUGUUCUGUGAAAGAGAGCGGUGAAAAUCACAGAUCUGCUAAAUUUUGAAUCUUCGGAAAACUAACGGGAGAAUACUCUGCUCUCUUCGCUCACCGACUCGUUGUUUGUGGCUUAGCUGUUAAAGUAUCCAAAUUAGCUUUUUUUUGUUUUGUCCCGUUCCACGUUUGUAACAAAGUUUUUACAUCCUUCUUAAAAGUCAUGAUCUCAUGGCUAAUUUCUCUCAAGAGCAUGUCGGGUGAUAUAUACUACUGGACCGCCAACAUCUCAAAUCGUGAACGGGGCGGUCGAGACCGUUACUCAACGAGUUCCCUUAAAAAAAAUAAAAAGUAUCUGAUCUUAUGCAUGCUUUUUCACGAGUAUUUUCUCGGUGGACGUUUUUGUUUACCUAAAAAUGUGGGUAGUUUUCAGUGAAAGGUUUCAACAGUAACACUUUUUUCGUUUUUGUUUUUUCAGGAGAUGGAACCCUUAGGGUGGGUUCACACCCAGCCCAAUGAACUUCCACAGCUUUCUCCACAAGAUGUCACAACGCACGCCAAGAUCAUGGCGGACAAUCCGUCUUGGGAUGGCGAGAAAACAGUCAUCAUUACAUGCAGGUAAACAUUUACUUAAUUUAUUCAGCGAAGCAGGUUCGCCAUCCCUAAAUCAUCCUGUCACAAGGGCUUGAUUAGUUCCCAGCAGUGUUAAGAAAGACAAGAACAGUUAAAUUAAUCAGUGACGUAACGGGAGAAUUGGAGCGCCAGUAAGAAAUCAUCUCUGAGAGGAGAGCAGGGCGUUUCGACAGCACUUGAUAAGGGGCUUAGGCCACCUGCAAUGUUUUAAUGUGAAAAACAUCCUGCUUAUUGUCAGCCAAGCGUCUUCUGUGGGUGUAGAGUAAGAAAAAUGAUGAAUGGUGAGAAUCGUUGGUUAGGCGUCACUCAUUUUAUCCAUGGUUUGGUUUUCAGUUUUACCCCAGGAUCGUGUUCACUAACAGCCUACAAACUGACCCCUUCGGGUUACGACUGGGGGCGGAACAACAAGGACACAGGGAACAAUCCCAGGGGUUACCUUCCGUCUCACUACGAGAAAGUACAGAUGCUGUUGUCAGAUCGCUUCCUUGGUUUCUUCAUGGUACCUACUCAGGGAUCCUGGAACUUCAAUUUUAUGGGUGAGUUCUAUCAAGUGUCACUUUGUUUCAAGAAGUGGUAUUGGUGUCCACAAGAUAUGAGAAACCUUUUUUAAAUUAUUUUUAACCAAGUAACUUCACCAAUUUCACUCCUGUUUCAAAAGCAAAAAUUUUAUAUCGUAUCGGAGAAGAACGGGAAAUGGUAAAGGAGAUUAACCUCAAAAAAUCAAAGAGAAAAAUCCAGUCCAGCUUAUCGUGAAAGUUACGACCGCUUGACUUCAUGUUCUUGACGAUGAAACGAAUCAAAUUGAAGAAAACGUGGCCUAUUUGAUUGUAGUUUAAGGAAUUUUUUACAAACAAUUCUUCUCUUCGAAUUUUGUGGAAUAAUUCUCAAGAAACCUUAAAAUAAACGAAUUUCGCGUGCAUAUAGGAAGAGAAGCAAUGCUCCUAAUUCCUUUUUACUUCGGGAACUGGGAUGAGCUGUUGCGGUGGGAUGUGAAGUUGGGGGAAGGGGGGGGGGGACGGUUCGCUCGUUAGAGAGACUUUGAAAUGACUUACUAUCUGAUAUAUAAAUCUAACAGUCUUCUCCGUUCUCUGCUUUCCAGGCGUUCGUCACUCCCCAAACAUGCGUUAUGAGUUGCAGUUGUCCAACCCCAAAGAGUUCUACCAUGAAGUCCACCGGCCAUCACACUUCCUCAACUUCAGCACCAUGGAGGAUGUAGAAGUUAUUGGGGCUGAUAGAGAUGACAUGUUUUCUUAGCUUGUAUCUCUACUGCCUGUUGAAGAAGGGGCUUAGUUAUAAGUUAACACG